ACUCAUUGAAACCAAAAAGUUUCACAAUUUUAUUCUUUUUGGGUCUCUUCGUGAGAGCAAAUUUUUAAAUAUAGAAUCCACUGAAGAAACGGAAUAUAGCAAUCUAUUUUUCAAUCUCAUCGAUGAAAACCUGUGGAAUUUAACCAGCCAGACCUAAAUCGCCUCUGUCAAUUCUCUGCAAAAAUCGAUCCAUGGAGACUCAUAAACCAGUAGCAACACACGUCUCUGAGAAUUCCAACACUCUCUGUGAUUUGUGAUGAUACUAUUGAUGCACAGGAAAAGAAGGUUUCCAGGUGGGGGUUCAAUUGAUGCUGAGGUAGUGGAAAUUUCGCGACCUAUUAAUUGGAGUUCAAAAUCAAAGUCUCUUAAGCAAAAGGAGGUUAUUUUCCAAGAAAUAAUAGAUGUUGACGUGGAAGAAGAUUUUAGUGAUGUCAAGCGCUCUAGUGGAAAUGUAAAAUUUAGUGGCAAGGGGAAGGAUAUUUUGGUUGGUAAUGGUAGUUCAGGUAAUGGUGGACCAGUAGAUGGGGUUCAGUCUGAAAAGAAGAGUUACCUUUCAUCAUCUAAUAAUCCAAUUAUUAUAGAUGAAUUUGGUUCUGAUGUACAUUUUGGAGCUGAUGAGUACAUGAACAUGUUUUUUGAUGACUUACUGUAUGACGACUAUGCUGUUUUGCAAUCACGUUUUGAUAACAUGGAUAUCCCCACUGGAGUUGAGGCUCCAAUCCCCUGGAUGCCUGGCCCCAUUAAAGAACAAAUGGUGUCAACCACUACAACUACUUCAGGAAGAGAUGUAUCUGGGACAAUGAGGGACCAGUCCACUUCAUUUAGCAGCUCGACUCCCGUUGGUCAGCCUACACAGUUUGGGUCGUCUUGGUCAUCCCCAGGAUCUGCUUUAGGCAAGGAGGGACAAUUCAUCAUUGGAAGUUCAAGUGAGAAGAGUUCCAAGGGAGUAAGUAGUUCAAAGAUCCUCUCAUCUGGGGUAGAAAAACAGUUGUCUUCCCAUUGUGAAAAGAACCGUUCAUCCGGUGCUACAGCCUCUUUUGGGAACAACCCAUCUAAAUUGUAUAAAGAGUCAUUAGCUCAUUAUGGAAAGAAAUUAGGUUCAUCCGGUGCUACAACCUCUUCUGGUUGGGGCAAUCAAUCUACUCAUAGUGGGCCUCAUUUCCCGAAAUUUCCCUUUGGAUCUCCAGUGUCUGAUUUGUCGAAUGUAUUUCUUAAGCGAAACACUGUGAUUUCAGCAGGAAUUGCUCAAGCAUCAGCUCCCAUGAUGAAUUCUUUCCCUCAGAAUGCGCACAAAAGUGCAACAACUGCAGGAUGUCCUUCAAUUCCUUCAGGACCGGCUUGUAAUGGAGAACAACAUAGAAAUUUAGGUGAAACUUUGACGAAAUUCCGUCUUUUCAAAAAAUUUGAUACUGUUGAGGAUCAUUCGGACCAUUUCUAUUCUCGACAGGCUUCUUCAGGGAACGUGCCUUCUAAGAAUUGGGCCAAGAAAAUACAGGAGGAAUGGAAGAUACUGGAGAAUGAUCUGCCUGAUACAAUAUUUGUCAGGGUGUACGAAUCAAGAAUGGAUCUGUUGAGAGCAGUUAUCAUGGGUGCUGAUGGAACUCCAUAUCAUGAUGGCCUUUACUUCUUUGAUGUUUUCUUUCCAAGCAACUAUCCCAAUGUUCCCCCGCUUGUGCACUACCAUUCCUUCGGCCUUCGAAUCAAUCCUAAUUUGUAUAACUGUGGAAAAGUCUGCCUGAGUCUUCUUAACACUUGGACUGGCCAAGGGAAGGAGAAAUGGAUCCCUCGUGCGUCUACUAUGUUACAAGUUUUGGUGUCCAUACAGGGGCUAAUUUUAAAUGCAAAGCCCUAUUUCAAUGAGCCUGGUUAUGCAAGCUCAGGCGGGACAGCCAGAGGGGAUGAAAGCUCGCUGCGGUAUAAUGAGAACACUUACAUUUUAAAUCUGAAAACAAUGGUCUACUCCAUGAGGCGUCCACCAAAGCAUUUUGAGGAUUUUGUAUUAGGGCAUUUCUUUCAAAGUGCUCAAGAGAUUCUUGUGGCAUGUAAAGCAUACAUAGAUGGUGCUCAAGUAGGUAGCCUUGUCCGGGGUGGUGUUCAGGACGUUGAUGAGGGCGAUAAAAGCUGCUCACCAACUUUCAAGGCUUCAUUGGCCGGGUUCAUCAAGACAGUUAUAGAUACAUUUAAGGAGAUUGGCGCAAAGGAUUGCGACAAAUUUCUUCACUUGGCACAGAUAGGGACUGGAGUAGCACUAAUUGUUCCUGCAAACGCCGCGAGCUAUUUCUUCGGUAAACCUGUAUGAGGAUGGUGUUGGAAGAUGCUGACAUUGAAUUUUGACAAUAGGUGGAAUUGAGACUAAUGUUGACCAACUAGUUCAACUUUAAUUGGGUAAAAUAUAGUACAUUAUUAGCUUCAUAUUCAGAGUUUUCUUUCUUGUUUUUUUGAGUUCAUAAAACAGCGAAAGUAGAGCUCAUUAGAGAAUGAUGAAUGAUGUGUUCAUCUGAUUCAUCAUAUGUAUAGAUCCAUCUACUAUAAUUUAUAUAGGUUUAUUAUUCUUGUUC